AUGGUAAGGACGAGGUCCAGAUCCAACCGAGCUGCGUCAGUGACGAGCGAAGAGGAGAGGCAGCAACUACUCGACGAAGGCGCGUCGGCGGCCCGCGAACGAGAGGUCGCACGCGCAAGCGCUGAGAGGGCGAUGGGCGCCGACGCGGCGCGCCCUCCCUCACCUCCCUCCGGACCCGCUGGCGUAACGGAAGGGCUUAGCGUCGCCGGCGCGCAACCGAUGGGCGCGGCGACAGCUAACAGCACGCUCAGGUAUGGAUUAACCGUAGAGACACCGAGGUCACCGUCCUACGACACGACAUUGCUAUGGCGAAGGGAUUUAGCCAAGCGGUUACGGCGUCGUUCCAGACCCACGCCGAUCCCAGCUAGACAUCCCAAGGCUGCCGUCAUAGACAGAACUACCGAGAAACGAAAGUCGCUGCAGGAAACUACCAAGGAGGUAAAUAAACCAAUUAUUAAAGCUCAGUCCGUCAGAUCACAUGCGAGCAGUCGCACUGUGAUAGAAGCGCAGCUGUCUCAGGCGGAGCUCGAGGCCAGCGAACGGCUAGCGGAGAUAUCCCGGAGGGAGUUGCAGCUAGAAGCGGACAUGGUACGUAAACGGCUAGACGCCAGAAAACUGCAGAUCCGCGCUAAUGCGGAUAGCGCAGACGAGCACGAAUCUGCUGGUAGCGUGCGGAAUUCGAAUCAAGAUCGAUUAGACGAAUGGCUAGAGAACUCGCGAGACGCGACGUCAAAACCCAUUUGUAAGAGGUUAACCGACGAACCUCUACCCAAGUACGAGACUCCGAGACGACCUGCGCAGGCGGAGCGGCAUAUUCGAGGCCUCUCACCGGACCGCCAGGCGAUCGAUAUCGCCACCGGAGCGACGCAGGCGAUCGACGACGCCGCCGGCGCGUCGCGAGCGAUCGACGUCGCCACAGCUGGACGCGCGUGCACUCCGCACACGGCGCACACGCGCGCCACCGAAGGUACUGUAGCAGAGUCCAUGCUGCACCUGUUCGAGAGGAUGCAGAUGGCGGCCCGUCCAGCCCCGAAAGAUAUAUUCGAGCUGCCGCAUUUCUACGGAGACGUCAGCGAGUGGAGAAGUUUCUACAAUACCUACGCAGAGACAUCGAAGCGGUAUAAGUUUACUGACUACGAGAACGUGGCGCGGCUCAGGAUGGCUUUACGCGGGGACGCAAAGACGUUUAUGGAUAUCGAUCGAAGGCACUAUGCUGAUAACCCCAUGCUCAUCAGAGAGGUUACGGACAGGUUGUCGCCGCAUCUUCGAAGCAGAUGGUGCGACUACGCGAAGAAACAUCGAGACAGCAAGGACCCGGAGAUUCUGCAGUUGGCGGAUUUCCUCAUGGAGGAGAGCGAACAGGAGAUGUCCUUCUGUCCAAAGGGAACGGCGCAUAUCUUCGCUUUCCUUGACGAUGGAUCCACCUUGUCAAUGAUCGACCAGGACGUCGCGGACGAGAUCGGCGCGGUCGGUCAAGACGAGCCGCUAUGCAUAAGAGGUAUUCAGCGGUUGAAACUUAGCUCAGUGACACAGACGGUCAAGGCUAAAGUAAGCCCCGCUCGUGGCGGCUUGACAUACGAUAUAUCCCUAAAAACGGUAGACGGACUAGGGAUACGCUCGCAGUCAUUAAAUAAGAAGCGUCUAUUGGAAUACGAACAUCUGGCGGACUUGGGCGACGAGUGCUACACGGGCAUGGGCGUGCCGCAGAUGUUAAUAGGCGGAGACUUCAGUCAUCUUAUAAACCCAACGGAGGUGAGGCAGGGCGGCGAGGACGAGCCGUGCGCAGUUAAAACCUCGUUAGGAUGGGUUUUCUUCGGGCGAAUGCCGAGGUAUGUACCAAAUAACGAGCAGGUCGUGAUGCACUGCCACAGUGACGACAGUGAUCUCGUGGAGCAGGUCAAGAAACACUGGGCAGUCGAGGCGCUUGGCAUAACGGCAAAGGACAACAUUCGACCCGACGACCAGCGAGCGAUCGAUACAUUCGAACGAACAGUAAAAAAGGUAGGACAGAGAUACGAAGUCGGCCAACUAUGGGCUGCCGACGACAUAAAGCUGCCACCGAGUUUCAACAUGGCGAAGGCGAGAUUACGCAAUCUAGAAGCCCGCAUGUCGAGAGAUCCUGACUUCGCCAACGAGUAUCAAGCACAGAUACACAAGCUUCUGGAAAAGGGGUACGCAGAGCGCAUCAUGGAACCACCGCAGUCAGAUCGGAUGUGGUUUCUGCCCCAUUUCAGCGUCUACAAUUUAAAUAAAGGAAAGUAUCGCGCUGUAUUCGAUUGCGCCGCGAAAAGUCAGGGAUGUGCAUUGAACGAUUUCAUCCUCGCGGGACCGGAUUUACUACAGAGCCUGCUGGGGAUACUACUUCGAUUCCGUGAGUGGGAAUUCGCCGUCACCGCGGACAUACAGGAAAUGUUCCUUCAAAUACAGCUGCGAAGAGAGGAUCGGCAUAGUCAGCUCUUCAUCUGGAGGGGAUCGCGGCGUGACGUGACACCGUGGACGUACCAGCUAAACCGGGUAUGUUUCGGUAACAUCUCUUCUCCUUUUCUCGCACACUCGGUGCGGAAUAGGAAUGCGACGGACAACAAGGAUCGCUAUCCGGACGCGGUCUACGAUAUCCAUAAUAAUCACUACAUGGACGAUUAUGUGGCAUCAUAUGAGACAGAACGGGAACUCAUAUCAACAGCGACACAGGUGAGACUAGCACACGCGGAGGCUAGCUUUCGGCUGCGCAGCUACGCUAGCAACAGCGAGUUGUUAAUGCGAAACAUCGAUCCGGAGGAGCGAGCGACGGGACCUUCUCAUCUCGGAGAAAAGCAACAGACCGUCCUCGGAAUGACGUGGGACCCAGAGACGGAUACGCUGGGGUACAACACGAAAAUGCUACGAGUGCCAGACGACGUGAAAAGGUACGAGCGAUCGCCCACUAAAAGGGAACUGUUGAGUGCCGUAAUGUCAGUUUACGACCCAUUAGGCCUCAUAGCGCAGUAUAUGAUAAGCGCUAAGAUCAUAUUCCAACGUGUGUGGACAAAGGGCACGGACUGGGACGAGCGGCUGCCGGCGGAGGAAGCGGAGGACUUUUUCCGGUGGCUGAGGGCACUGAGCGACGUGUCCGCGCUGCGAAUACCCCGACGAUACGCCACGCCCACCGGUGCAGUUAGAAGAGAAUUGCAUAUUUUCAGUGAUGCAUCGACCGAGGCCUACAGCGCGGCGGCCUAUUGGCGAGUAUCGAACGAUGAGGAGGAAACGCAAGUGAGCUUAGCUAUAGCGAAAAGCCGAGUUUGCCCGCUAAAGGUAAUGACAGUUCCCAGGCUCGAAUUAACCGCAGCAGUCGUCGGCGUGCGGCUGGCGGAGACAAUUUUACGCGAGCAGCGUUAUCCUGUGACAAAGGUGACGUAUUGGACAGAUUCCAUGGUUGUUCUCGGAUGGGUUCGCGAUGACGCGCGAAACUAUCGUCCGUACGUGUCACACCGACUUGCGGAGAUCGCCGAGAAAACAGAUAGAGACGCGUGGAGGUAUGUACCAACCGCUCAGAACCCCGCAGAUCGAGCGACGAGAUGUCAACCAGCGCAGAGCGUGCGCAUCGAGGACGAGUGGUACGAAGGACCGCGCUUUCUCUAUGGACCCGAGACAUCAUGGCCUAGUCACACAUCGAAUCGAACAGACGACCUGCCUGAGAGGAAGGCGAGGCCGUCAACCGAGACAUCACUGGCGAUCAUCUCAGCGAAGCCAGACCCUUCGAGCGUACUGCCAGACGUGAGACGAUUUAGCAGUUACGACAGACUGUUGAACGCGACAGCGAACGUCUUGCUAUUCAUCGAGAAAAUGAGAACGAAGAAUAAAGCCUUGCAGCUACAAGUCAGACAUUUGAGAAAGGCAAAACACAUGUGGUUGCAAUACAGUCAACGACGAAGCUUUCCCGAAGAGCUUCGAGCCUUAAGCCAGAAUAGGCUCAUCGAUCGCAAAUCGCGAUUAUACGACCUGGCACCCGAGCUAGGCGAUGACGGCGUGUUACGCAUGAAGACGAGGCUGGGCAGCGCUCCAGUAUUGUACACCGCGCUACAACCGAUAAUACUGGAUGGCCGCGAGCCGUUCACCCGUCUACUCAUCCUGCGAGCUCACCGACGAUCAGCGCACAUUCACAACGAAGCAGUAAUCAACGAACUGCGACAAGAAUAUUGGAUACUACAUCUGCGGCCGACCGUGAAGUCUGUAGCUCGAAACUGCGCGCUAUGCACACUACGACGAGCAACACCGAGAGCGCAGCCCUUAGGCGAUCUCCCGCCCGAGCGACUACAGGCGUAUCAACGUCCCUUCACUCACACCGCACAAGACUACAUGGGACCGAUGUUCGUCACGAUCGGACGGCGCAGAGAAAAACGCUGGGUGUGUCUAUACACGUGCCUAGUGACGCGUGCUAUUCACCUUGAAAGCGUGCACAGUCUUUCAACCGACAGCGCGCUACUAUCACUACGAAGAUUCGCCGCGAGAAGAGGAUGGCCCAGGACGAUGUACAGCGAUAACGCGACGUGCUUCAGGGCGGCGGCGACGGAACUACGUGAGGCGUACCGGCAAUGGCUGCCUGUACUGCAAACUUACGCCACUCAGAACCGAAUGGAGUGGAAAUUCAUCCCACCUGGCAAUCCUUCGGCCGGGGGCGCGUGGGAGCGAAUGAUAAGGACAGUUAAGAUAGCGAUGUCCUACACUUUCAACGAACGAGCACCGAAACCCGAAGUUUUCGAAACUCUACUCGCCGAGAUAGAGAAUAUCGUCAACCGACGACCACUUACACAUGUCAACGUCGAUCCAGACUCCGAAGAAAGUUUGACUCCAGCACACUUUCUACUUCUUCAUAACGCUAACCUACCGAUGAUUGGCGUUUACGACGAGAACGAAAAGAAGCAAUGGAAGAUGGCCCAAGCGCUUGCCGACCACUUUUGGCGGCGCUGGACCAAAGAGUACUUUCCUCUACUGGCACCGAGGAAGUCGUCCCACGACGGAGGGCGGCAACUUCAACCAGGCGAUGUGGUCAUCGUCGCUGAACCCAAUGGUCCACGCAGCGUGUGGCCCCGAGGCGUCGUCGAGACUACCUACCCGGGACCCGAUGGACGGGUCCGCUCCGCUGACAUCAGAACGAGACACGGGACGCUACGCAGGCCCAGCUGCAGGCUGGCGGUCAUCGCGUCGCAACCCAUGCACCAGGAGUCUUCGACUGCGGGGACAAAAUGUUAG